AUGUCAUCAUCAAACCGUUCAUCAAAUGUUCCAUUAUCUUUCGAUCGUUUUCGAGUGAGAUCCAUUGAAUUUCGUGUACCUUUUCGUGAUCAUCAACGUGAAAAAUGUAUUAAACAAAGUCCAGAUCGAUCAUGGACACGUAAGACUCAAGUGCAUCCUCAUGAUAUUAACUUAUCAAAAUCCAAACGAAUAGAUCAUGAUGUUGUACAUUUAUUUCAUGCAAAUAAACAAUCAAAUCCUAUGACAUCAUCAUCAUCAUCAUCAUUAUUAGAAAAUUUACAAAAUAAAAAUAUAAAUCCACCAACUCCAUAUAUGCUACAUUAUCGACAUAGUUCUGUACCAACACGUAUUAUAAAACGUCCAAAAUAUUUUGAUGAAUCAAAUAAACAGUCUGAUCUUCAUCACAUCGAUCAACCUGAUGCUUAA